CAAUACUCAAAAUAAUACUGAAAAAGUACUUUUUCCUCAGAGGUGCCUAUUGUAGCAGCCUGGAAAGCAGCCCCAUUUCCUUAAAAGUUAUUUGUCUUUGUUGUAAUGUUUGUUUUACAAAUAUAGCAACUAUAACAAAUGGGAGAGAGGGAAAAAUCACCUUUUAAUUAAACCCAUAUCAUAACAGAUUUUGAUAUAAUUACAUUUCUUAUUUAUUUACUUAUUUCUUUGUUUGUUUGUUUGUUAGAAACAAUACAAAGUAAUCAGACAUCUCAUUGAUGUAAAUGUGCCAGAUUUAGCCAAAAUGCCUAAUUUUCAUCUGCUGUCCAUGGGCAGGUGGAUGUCAAAGUACAAAAUUAAUUUAAAAUACAGUCUAUGCACACUAUACAUAAUUUAAAAAUCACCAUAACAAUCAAAACCAAUUACCAACUAAUUCAAAGAACAUGCUGUUCAAAAACACAGUCAUAUAAGAUCCAUUAGACAAUACUGUUUGCAUUAAGUAUCAUUUUGAUAAUUUUGGUUUGAGAAUAAUCAGACUUUUUUAUUUUUAUUUUUUUAGAGAAAACACCAUUCAGUGUUUCUGAGUCAAACGCUCAUCAUCUAGAAGUCAAGCGUCCAGAUACUCACAAACUUUCAGGGCAAAAAGAAUAAUAUCCCACAUUUUUAUUGAUCACCUCUCAGUUGCCCAAUGCAAUGCCCACCUUAGCCCACCUGUAGACAGGGCCUUAGCUAGUGGGGUGAAAGUUGGUAAUGAUUCUAGGGGCCCACAGGUCCAGGGGGGCCCCAUAUCAAAUUAUAAACUGUAUUUUUUUAAUAGGAAAGUGGCCCAGAGCAAUAUGCAGAAAUGGGGCCCUGAAUACUUUGUUUCCAAAUAACAUUUUCAGCAAGUGAAUAGAACUGACUCUGAGGAGCACAUAAUAUUACAACGUUGAAAAAAAAAAAAAAAAAAAAAAAGAAAAGAAAAAUAUGUAACAUUCACCUCAUGUAAGUCAGCCAAAACUCUGUCAAUAUUUUCAUUUUGGCCACUAGAGGUCAGUGCAAACCAUACAGAUGAGUUAAGUUAUGACUAUAUUUGCUCUAGACGUUCUACCCAGUUGUUUUGAGUUUGCUGUUGAGUGUAGUUGAAGUGUAAGCUUUGUGAAUGUUUAACAGCAAAGUUAUUACAUCAGAUAAAGUUCAUAGGGUGGAAAUAUAGAUUUUCUCAGCAGUCACAGAGCACUCUGGCUAUUGAAGUGAAGUUCCUGGUUUUUGCGCACCAUCCACCGCAAAAGCUAUUUCAAGGGCUGUAAAGUAAAACACACUUGUAAAGAAAGAGCUUCUGUCACACUUGCACUACCUGUACUACAUUUGUAAUACAAGUCACAGACAGUUAUACAAAAACUAAAAAUUUCAAAGCUCUUUUACCAGGUCAGGGGUGACAUGGUUCUGAAAGUGAUAGAGAACGGCAAGCAUAAAGAUGUACAUAUCCGAGAAGGAGAGGUGGGACACGACCCAAAAAUGGACAAUAGAACAAUCUAGCCAGGAUGGACCCAGCGGAGGAAUCCAGUCUUCCGUCCGCCCUUUCUCAGCAGGGAGCUUUACUGGGACAUCAGCAGAAUCAGAUCUCCACUUUAACUGGGCUCUGGAGAUGAUGACAUCGCAGCUUUCUGAGCUCACAUCUGUUGUUCAAAACUCUGCCAGCCUCCCGAUACCGGUCCCACCAAGGAAGCACCCUCACCGGCUCCGGCAGUUCCCCACGUUUCUGGAUGCUCUGAGCCCUGUCUCAAUCCUCCAGCCCCAUUCUCAGAUGUUCCUGCUUCCAGCACGGAUUCCCCACUCCCCCCAGAGACAGGCAAACACAGUGGGGCUGGUGGUGGAGAGGAGGAGGCUUUGCUCAGAGACGGAUGGCCUCAGGUACUUUGUGGAUAAUAGUACUGAUGUCUUGUUUGAGCGUUGGUUCUACUGUCAGAAUCUUGGAACCCAGCUUGUUCCCAUCAUCAAAGAGUUUAUGGAUUCCAAGCAGCAUAAAACAGGAAAGCCAGACACAGCUGAACCAAUCAAACCAGCCCCAUACCCACUCAACACCAUGAAUGUGAUGACACCAUUCUGCUUCAGAGAGUGGGUGGAGAAGCAGAAGCCUGCGCUGUCUAGUGGUCAGCCAGUGGACAUGUUUGGAGCACAGUUUGAGACUGAGACUGUGCUCUUUGGUCCUGGGAUGUCUGAAUCUUCAAGAAGACAGACCGAUGGCUGGAUCUGGCAGCUGGAGGGUUCAUCCAAUGUAUUCAUGAACUACAAGGAAUACAACCUCUCUGGAGGAGAUUGUCUUCUGAUUCUUGGAGAGACAGAGUAUCAGUGGAAACGAUCACAGGAUUGUGUUGCUUUGUUUGUUGCUCAAGACCCAGAGCGGAAGAGACCUUAUUGAAACAUAUAAACACAUUGAGAAGUACAAACUUGUUUAAGAUCAGAUACAUGAGUUUUAUAACUUAACAAUGUAAAGUACAAACUAACAAUGUACAAACUCUUAAGUCUACACCAAAAUAUAAUAUUCAUAAUGACCUCAUAUUCACACAUUGUUACAUAACAGGAAAGAAGAGUAGUUAAGAAGUGCUUUAAAAAAUAUUUCACAAUGUGCCAAGAAAUUGUCCAGAUCCAUGCUUUUAGCAUUAUAAGAUGCUCUAAGCAGAUAAUAAACUCUCCACAAAGUGUA